AGAGCGAGAGAAAGGACAGGCCAGCGAGGCACACUGAAGAGCGGGACAGGAAGACGACAAGCACAGGAGAAUAGGAAAGGUAGAGAAAGAUUGCAGAGAGAAGAGAGGGAAGAUAAGAGAGUUAGAUGUAGAGAAGAGAGGGAGAACUUCACAGACGUGUUCUACGAUGGCCACACAGAACCAUACCAAGACCUAGUAGACAACAAGAAACUGAUGAUGGAGAAAGCCAGAGUCCUUUUCAAGCACUAAACACACACACACACACACACACACACAGCUCAGAGAUGGACAAACGCUCACACAUUCCCUGGGAGGAGGACUGCUACAUCGAUCUACAGUCGACAAAUCAUAAAACUGGUCCACAGAAAGAGAAAGAAGUUAGUUGGCUGCAAAAGCACCAGCCGGCUUUGGAAUGUUUGGUGUAUAGCUCUGUCUUGGAGGGUGUGGUCUCUCACAUGAAAAAGGCGGGGCUUCUAACUCACAGCGAGGCUGGAUUGGUUCAGAAGGCAGCGUCUCUGCCAGACCGCUGGCACACAUUGGUGGAACUACUGUCAAUCAAGGAUCCUCAGGGCUCUAAACUUCAGAGUUUCCUAGUUACCUCUUACCCCAUGGAGUACCAGCUCAUCAGUCAAUAUGACACAGUUGUGCAGCAGCAGAGGACUGUAUUGCUGCAGCGUUUCAGAGAGGAAGCAGAAACCCCCUCCCACAAGAGUGUCAAUCAAAGCCAUCAGGCAGAAGACUCCUCCUCUCCCCCCGCCCUCCUGCUGAUAGAGGGUGUGUCUGACCUCCAGCAGCGAGAGCACGACUUCACACAGCUGUCAGUCACCCGAGGGGCGGGCCCACUAUAUGGGCGACCUCUGGGAUUGGACAAACUUCUCCUUCCUCUGACACGUACGAGUCCUGCCCCCAGGGUCUGUCUGACAGUGGGCUUGGCUGGAAGCGGCAAGAGCCGAUUGGUCAGUCACUUUGCCCGUCUUUGGGGUCUUGGACAGAUCCAUCAGGAGAUCAGUCUGGUUCUCCCUGUUGCAUGCUGGGAACUGGGGUCCUGUGAACGUUUGUCUGCCGAUAGGUUGAUGCGGAUGCUCCUCCCACAAGGGUCAGAGUGUGUGACAGUGACGUCAGCCUAUAAGACGCUUCUAGUGAUUGACGGACUGGAAGAGUUGAGAUCGCCAUUGGAUUUUGCCGAAGCCCCGGCCACGUGCGAUCCUAAACGAGAGGUGCCGGUCGCCGACCUCAUCACCAACAUCGUCAGAGGCAACCUGUUGCCAGGGGCCAUGCUCUGGUUGCUAUGUCGACCGGGCGUGGGUGCCCGCGUUCCGGCCGGCCUGGUGGACCGAGUCACGGAGGUCCCUCCGCUGACACCGAUGGAGAUCCGUCAGCUCCUCCGCACGCACCGGCUCACACACGCGCGCGCCGAGGAGAUCAUCUGGGCCCACCUGGACGCACAGACGCCCCUGAUGGUGCUGUGCACGGCGCCGACCACCUGCGGCCUCAUCAUGGACACGCUGCUCCGCGCCCUGGACGCCGGACUGGAGGACCGGCAGCUCCCGCAGAGCCUCACGGAGGUCUACGUCCACUACUGCUGGCCCCUGAGGGAGGAGUCCGAGUGGAUGCGGAACAGCGUGCGCAAGCAGCUGGCCACGCUGGGCAAGCUGGCCUUCUACAGCCUGCUGCGCGGACGCCACGCACACACCGAGAGCGAAGCGCGCGCCUACGGUCUGGAGCUGCCCCCGCCGCCGGGCAGUCUGGGAUGCCGCGUGCUCCGACGCGAGGCCGGCGUGUGUGGCAGCGGCGCCGUGUGUGUGUGGCGCUUCACGCACCUGUCCCUGCAGGAGUUCCUGGCGGCUGUGUUCUACUACUUGUCGGCACGGCGCGGCAUGUUCGACCUCUUCUCCGAGAGCAGUGUCAGCUGGCCGCGCAUCGGCUUCCUCAGCCACUACCGCGCCGCCCUCCAGCGGGCCGACCAGUCGCACGCGGCCGCGCAGAAGAACAGCCAAUCACACGCCACGGCAAACCUCCAGCUCUUCCUGCGCUUCCUGACCGGCCUGUUGUCCCCGGCGACCGCGGACACCGUGUCCGGCGCCCUGGGGCUUGGCCGCGACGAGCACGCGGCGCACCGCGUCGCUGUGGCAACUGCUUUGCAGGCGGCGGUGACCGGGCUCGGGGGCGGGACCGUCAGCAUGCGCUGCGUGUCAUUGGUGGCCUGCCUGGCGGAGAUGCGUCAGGGGGAGCUCCUGCGGUCAGUGGAGGAGGAUCUGAUUGGCUGCGGGCUGAGGGGGAGGCUGACCGCGUCUGCCUGCGCCGUGCUGGCGUACCUGCUGCAGGUGUCACCUGCCUGUGCUGACGACACCAACCUGAGCAUGUGCCUGGACCACGGGGCACUCAAGAGGCUGCUGCCACAGCUGCUCUACAUUAGUAAGCUACGGUUGGAAAGUAAUGAGUUCAAAGAUGAUGCCAUGGAGCUUCUUGGAAGUUUACUCAGUGCUAAAGACUGUCAUAUACAGAGCCUGAGUUUGGCUGAUAAUUUGGUCACCAGUAAAGGAGCCAAACCACUGAGUAGGGCACUCCUGGUCAACCGAACCCUCACCACACUCGAUCUCCGUGGAAACACCAUCGGGCCUAAGGGAGCAAAGUCAUUGGCUGAAGCCUUGAAAAUGAACCAGGCUCUGGUGACAUUAAAUCUCCAGAAUAACCACAUUGAGGAUGAAGGGGCACGCGCUCUGGCUGAGCUGCUGCAGACGAACCGCAAGCUCAGCUGCCUGAAUCUUCAAAAGAAUAACCUCAGUGCAGAUGGAGUCAGACGAAUCGCAGAAUCUCUGAAGAAGAAUCAGACUUUACAGGAACUUAACAUGUCUGGUAAUCAGCUUGGGGAUGUGGGUGCAGUGGCGUUGGCGCAGGCACUGACGGUCAAUCACACACUGAGCUCUCUCAGGCUUCAAAGUAGUUCAGUCAGUGAUCGAGGUGUGGCUGCUCUCACCCAAGCACUCUGCUCCAACCAUGGGCUCAUCACCCUCAUUCUUCGUGAGAACUCAGUGGGUGUGGACGGAGCCAAAGCCAUCGCCAAAGCUUUACAGAAGAACCACACUCUCCAGGAACUGGAUCUUACAGCCAAUCUUCUUCAUGAUGAUGGUGUGACAGCUAUAGGUAAAGCUGUGAAGGUCAACAGAGCACUUACCUCCUUGCAUUUACAGUGGAACUUCAUGAAGGUGAACGCAGCCCAGGCGUUGGCUCAGUCUCUUCUCAGCAACACCCACCUACAGCUCCUGGAUUUGCAGGAAAAUGCACUUGGAGAUGAUGGUGUAAUUUCUUUGGCCACCGCACUGAAGACAAACUCUUCACUAUCUGUGCUAUAUCUCCAGGGUGUAUCUAUGGGAAAAGCAGGUGCUGUGGCAUUGGCCGAAGCUCUCAUGAUCAACCAGACCCUACACACUCUCGAUCUCCGUGGCAACUCCAUCGGAAUGGUCGGUGCGAAAGCCUUGUCCAGCGCUUUGAAGACCAACAGAGGCCUCAGGCGGCUGAAUCUGCAGGAAAAUGCACUUGGAAUGGAUGGAGCCAUUUUCAUUGCCACAGCACUAAAGGGAAACCACCAGCUGACUUACAUAAAUUUGCAGGGGAACGGCAUCGGGGAGUCAGGGGCCAAGGUCGUCUCGGAACACAUCAGAGCAGAGGCUCCAGAGUGUGUGGUUGACAUCUAAUGAGUGUGUGUGUGUGUACCAAGAAAUCUCUGUGUACAGGGUUUUUU